AGGCCAAGGCCAAGACCUUAGGCCAGGCAGCGGCAAUGAGCAACUCUAUCAGUUAUGGAUGCUCUACACCAGUACGUCGGACGUGCAGUUCUUCAGGCAGUAUCUUGAGAGGUUUACAGAGGACUACAACAGAGAAAUAGACCUGGAAUUCAGACAUCUUGAAGAAGGACAACCCUUAGAAGGGCCAGGAAUGGCCAAGCUGCCUGGGAACAUCUUACAAGUCAUGACUAAACAGCUGGACGGGUGUGCUCAACAGUGUGCUGAGAGUGAGAGUAGCACCGUGUCACAGGACACCAUCGACUUUGCUGUGCAGAUAGUGCAGGCACUGACUAUCAUUUGCAGGCAUCAUGAUAACUUGGCCUUGGUUGCAUCGUGCGAGUACCUGAAAUACAUUGUUCCCAUGACAUCCAACAUAAUAAAGAAGAUGACUGCUGCUGAUGAUUGGUCUGAACUGGGUCUCUGCUUGCAGAUGAGUUGCAGUGAAGAUGGGGACCGGUCUUCCAUGGUGUCCUACAUCACUCAUGUGCUUCAUCUGUUUGAGUGCAUGUAUGACCCCUACCACGUUUGGCGUAAGCAACACAAAAACUUACAAGUCAAUCCAUCUCUUUUUAAGCACAGACCGUCCAUCCUCAGUGUAGAACUAGUGCCUUUCUUUUAUGACUGUUUGCAGGAGGGGACGUGGCAGUUAUUGCAGUCCCUGGAUAUUCAUGUUCGAGUCAUUCACAUGUUUGGUGCUGUACUCACAGGGUCACAGGACAAUGCCCAAGUAGCGGUAUGCCCAGCUACGGUGGACGUUCUCUUCGGCUUGCUGGACACGCCGGUACCCGGCAGUGAUUUAACCAUGGCUCAAGCUGGUAACCCGCAGCAGGUGCAGGAACUGGCAUUGAAGUGCAUAGUUCAGAUGAUUAUUGCCAUUCACGGAUGUCCGGCUGAACAAAGACAAGUGGAAUUGUCAGAGAUCAUCCAGCAGUUACUUCAGAAACUUUCCAGCGACAAUGUGCCCCACCAACUUCAACUAGCAAUAUUCCGCAGCAUACCCCAGAUCCUUCACAGCCGACGCAAGUUGCCACUCCAAGAGGCUUUCGUUUCAGCGGAUGUCUUCAGUACCCUCAUCAAUAUCAUUGAAAAAGCUAUCCAAAGUGGCAACAAGAGACAACUGACAGGUUUCUUCUGUCUCCACAUCAUGGCUGCGGUCAUGGCCGAUUGUUCCUUAGCCAAGACCACGUUCAGAGAGACGACAGGCUAUCAUCGCCUCAGUCUGCUGCUCAUAGAGCUAGGCCAGCCAUCUGAACAGCUUAUUGGGGCUCUGCUAGACAUGAUGGUAGACACAACCUUCAAGGCAGAAGCCAAACACGUCCUGCACAACACAGGAGCAGCUCACAUCCUCAUGCGCCUCCUACCGCUCAUCAAAGCUGAAGACUUACAAAUCUCCCUGUCCAAUAGCCUAGCGUCGUGCUGCACGCAGAGUGACUACAAUCGGAUGCAGUGCUGUAACGAUGGAAUACUGUCCACAGUCUUAGAUGCUCUGGAGACUAGAGAAAGUCUACACAGGAAAACACAAGAGAGGUUAAUCAUUCUGACCGAGGCCCUGGGUUCCUACAGCAUCAGCUCCACACAACUGAAGCGUCUGAUUGGCCUGAUGAGAGGUUCUGACGACCAAUCACUGUCCCCGCAGUGUCUGCGCCUGAUGUACGCCCAGUCCAUCAUGGCACGCAAGGAGGGGAAGCAAGGCGCGCAUCAUUACUUUGACCUGCAGGAGACUCUGUCGGGUAUCACCAUUCCAGUGGUGCGUAAAUGGCCCGGUCACGGCUUCACAUUCCAUACCUGGAUUUGUCUCAACAACACGCCGGUCACUGCAGCAGCUAUUGAACAUGGCUUUUACCGCAGACAGUUAUACAGUUUCUUCACUGGCAACUGUGCUGGGUUUGAAGCGUUCUUCACCCAUGACGGAGUCCUUGUGGUGGCGGUCUGCACCAAGAAGGAGUACUACACUGUCUCACUGACUGACUUCCCAAUCAGUGAUAACAAAUGGCAUUGUGUUGACAUCACACACAUAUCGUCAAGGCGACCGUUUGGUCAGAGUCAACUCUGUAUUUACGUUGACGGUCACCUGCGACUUACGUCGCAGCUCAAGUUCCCGGUCAUAUCUGAGCCGUUCAUACAUUGCCGCAUCGGUUACCCCAUCGCCCUGACCGGUCCCCAGCACCAGUCCACCGAGGACCCCAACCCGUCCACCACCUUCUCCUUCCAUUCCUCCCGCCUCCACUUCCCCUUCAAGCUUCCCACGUCCCGCGGCUCCACUGCCAACGAUGCCAACGAGUCCCCCGUCGCCAUGGUACCGGCGCACAUGAAGGACAUGGAAUGGGGGGAGCCCAGGUCCCUGCAGGGCCAGCUAGGCAGCGUCUGUGUCUUCCAUGACGUGCUUACUCCUGUACAGAUCAAGAAAUUCUACGCAUUAGGUGCCAAUAUGACGUUAUUCCAGUCGGAAGACAGCGACAUCUCUGAUCUCAGCAGUAAGCUGUUGCUGUACUACCACGGCAAGGCUUGCAGAGACCUGAUGUGUCUAGACUUAGCUCCUGCCCACCUGUACAACGGACGACUGAAAGGCCACAGCUGUGAUACCUGGGAUGUUAAGGACGUCCUUAAUUGCAUUGGAGGAGUCCAGGUCCUCUUUCCUCUGUUGGAACUUGCAACUCAGGAAAACGAAACCGGUCAAUCACCACCACCGACAGAUUCUGAUGAGGACGAUGUCGACAACCCUGAGCCAAUCGGGAAGCAGCUUAGUGAAGACGACUGGGAGGUCGUACAAGAUGAGCAAAUAGAUCUGAGGUAUGAGAAGAAUCACGUGGCCGGUUUCCUGACCCUACUCAAGAACAUGUGUGUUGGGCAUCCCAUCAACCAGGAUAUGUUGCAUAAGUCUCAGGGCAUAGCGACCAUCGGGGCUCUCCUACAAAAGGUGGAUUCAUCCUUGAUUGACGUGAACGUGUUGAUUGCCAUCAAGCAGCUAGUGGAAGCAGUCUGCUUUGGCAAACCAUCCCUAUUGAAGCAAGCACACAGGAACAUCCUCUUUGACUUUCGGAUAUGGAGCAAGAGUGCCUUUGGGAUAAGAAUCGGACAUAUCCAGUACAUAUCUACCAUAAUCAAAGAUGAGAAGAAGAGAUUCCGGAGAAAUUUUGGAGUUCAGUUCCUGCUGGAUACCAUUCGAACGUACUACAGUCCCAGUACAACGGACCUUUCAGCGGAGGAGGCCCGCAUCAUCCGCAGCGCCAUGCUAGGCCUGGUGCACUUCUACGUGUACCGGCAAAUCAACCACAAAGAACUGAGUGCAAUCAUCAACUUCAUCACGGCCGUUGAGGACGAGAUUCUUAUUGGGGAGGUCUUGGACACACUGAUCACCCUCCUUGAGAGCACAGGCAAGGACCAGUUGUACCUCUUACUGUUUGAAGAGGGUCAAGGAGAUCUCCUGUAUGCACUGCUGACUAAGAAAGACUACACAGAUGCUCUCAGGGUCCGUGUGUUCAAGAUAUUUUCCUUGAUGCUGAGAACCACCAAAGUCUAUGAGAAGAGCAAACAUCGGAUGCGGCUGAUGGACAUCGGCUUCUCUGGACUGACGCUGCUGAUGGGAGAAAUGCCUGUCACUAUGCCCAUCGCUAAGAACAUGGUGGAGAUGGUCACAGAGGGUCACAUCAACUAUGCCGGGCUGCUAGCGGCCCUACAGCUGCUGCACCGUGCCAGCUCCCUCAUCAAGCUAGAAGCCUGCACCCAACUCCUUCACAUACUCUACACCGAGAAGGACUCCAAGGUCAAACUGGCCAAGGUACCCGGCUGGCAGGACACGCUGGUGCGACUGUUUGUCAAAGACGCGUCGACGGGACCGGAUAUUGGUCUAGACCUGAACGGCUUAGCUCUUACCCCACAGAGCAUACCGACAACACCUACCACUCCGCAUAGGAACCAGUUGGACACUACCAAUGGCAAUGCACAGGGCGCCAGCCAAAGCUUUGUGCUGCCGGACGCCGGUGACUCGCAGGCCACGGGUGACUCGGACACCAUGGGUGACGACACGAGCAGUAUUGCGGACAGUGAGGACAUUAUGUCCCAACCCAUCCCUCGAGUUGUCGUGGGACCGGACACACCGGACACACCGGACUCGCUGUCCUACUCGGAAAGCUUGUCAGCAGUCAGCAGUGACGGAAAUUUUGGGCUGUUCGCUGGUCCACAAGGUGAUAAUAGUCAAGAGCUUGGUGGAGAGAGUGACGGCUCGCUGCCUACAGGAAGUUGGCCUGGUGGCGAUUACGACGGCCCUAACUCGCCUGGCAGUGGCCUUGAUGUAACCCUCACAUCUCGCUCAGCAACCCUCCGCCCCUCCCACCUGAACCUGAACACACCCGGUGACGCACCCGGUGAGGAUGAGAGCCCCGAGGGGUCAGCGGCCUGCGAGAGGACACAGGAGACCCUGGCAGACACCCUGACGGAAGUGGUAGCGCAGCUGAUGUGGCGAGGGGUAGCAGGAUCAGAUGAGGAGGCUUGGGCAGCACGUGGUCAGGUUCUUGUAAGCCUAUCCAAACUCUCCGAGAAGUACGAGCUCUUACGGCCGGCCAUUCAGGUCAAGCGACACAUCCUGGAGAAGCUGCUGGAAGUCUCGGCCAAUGACAUCAAGAACUGCGGGUCACAUGACCGCGCGGCGCACGAGGAGAACGCCCUCUGGAUGAUGAAGCUGGUUCAGGAUUUCCUGUUUGAGGAGAAUGCAGGCGACGGCCAGGCCUGGAGCUACAAGUUGGCAGAGGCGGUGGUAGACGUGAUCGACGCCUUAGGAAUCUGGGAAGACACCCAGGCCUCCGACGAAUGGACCGAGAUGUCUCAACUGUGCCUUCGCAUCAUGCUAGGCUGCACGGCACGGGAUGAUUUCGAGGUGUGCGCCACGGCGGCCGCCAAGCUCCACCUCAUGCUACAGACGCGGCCGAUUCCGUCAUCCAGCGAGGCGUGUUUCCUGCUAGGCUCGCUGGAUGCAGCACUCAUGAGGUCGCUGAAUGCAGAAGAACGUGAAACCUACUCGUACCUGGUCCCUUUGACCAGUGCGAUGAUUGAGCUGUACCACAACCAGCUUGGGAUGCCCGACUUCCUACCCCACCUCCCAACCACGGGCACCAGUCCGACGUUCUUUGAGGAUUUCCAGUCCUACUGCCGGUCAGAGGAGUGGAGAACCUACGUCGAGAAACAGGUUCAGCCAUUUAUGCAGGAGUACGUGACGGUCAACUUUGCCAACAUUUCUGCCAAGAUGGGCAAGUUGUGGAGGAAGUGCUUUGAUAAGAUGAACACGGACAUCCACCGACGGGAACGGGAACGAGGAGAAAGCAAGCUACGAUUUCAAUCAAAGAUCAUAGAACCGUUCAACGCAUUAUGCAAAACGGAGACAGUGAGACAUGCGAGCAUACUAAACAAAUUGCAGAACCAGCACCAGUCCACGCUGCGACAGUGGAGGGCUAGUAAGCGCUUCUUGACAGGGGAGCGAGGAGCAUGGGCUGAACGAACUGAUGAGCACAUUUACUGGAAGUUGUCCUCUCAAGAAAACUUCUCGCGCAUGCGGCUGAAACUCACCCAGAAUUUCAUGUUUGAUCUGCACAUCGAGGCCAGCCAGAUGAGAGACAACACAGGGCCAGUCAUAGAACCAGCGGACACCCUGGCUUUAGAAAUAGUGAAGGAGGCUAGAGUCAGCGACAUGGAACUACAAGAUGACAGACUGGGAGACGAAGAGUGGAAUAUCAUCUCAGAGAGCACUGAGACAGAGCAGGGCGGUACAGUCAAAGAGAAGACGGUAGUAUCAGAGGAAUGUAACCUCAUCACCUUGAUUGACGUCAUACCGGGUAAACUGGAGGUCACAACGACACAUGUCUACUUCUACGACAGCAGUCCAGACAAGGAAGAAAAUAGCGGACAGGACUUCAAAUGGUCUCUGUCACAUCUGAGGGAGGUUCACUUGCGUCGCUACAACCUGAGGCGUAGUGCCAUCGAGAUCUUCUUCAUCAGCCAGACCAAUUACUUCAUCAACUUCACCAACAAAAAGACGAGGAACAAGACCUACAGUCGUAUCCUGAGCCUGAAGCCGCCCAACCUGUACUACACCGGGGCCAAGUCUCCAGCAGACCUACUCAAGUCCUCUACUCUGACCAACAAAUGGGUGUCACGAGAGAUCUCCAACUUUGACUAUCUGAUGCAACUCAACACCAUCGCUGGCAGGACUUACAACGAUCUCAGCCAGUAUCCGGUGUUUCCUUGGAUUCUGUGUGACUACACCUCAGAAACCCUGGACCUGACUGAUAGCAAGAUCUACAGGGAUCUGUCUAAACCCGUCGGUGUGGUGAACCCAAAGAACAUUGAGGAAGUCCAAAGCAAGUUUGAGAAUUUUGAAGACCCAUCGGGCACCAUAGACAAGUUCCACUAUGGCACUCACUACUCCAACGCUGCUGGGGUGAUGCACUACCUAGUCCGCAUCGAGCCGUUCACGUCACUUCAUAUACAACUCCAGAGUGGAAAGUUUGAUUGUGCAGAUCGACAGUUCCACAGCAUUCCGUCGUUGUGGGAUACGCUGAUGGAAAACCCCAACGACGUCAAGGAACUCAUCCCAGAAUUCUUCUACAUGCCAGAAUUCCUUGAGAACCGAAACAAUUUCCAUCUCGGUUACCUGCAGACUGGGGAAGACGUCAACGACGUGAUCUUGCCAAAGUGGGCCUCCUCACCGGAGGAUUUCAUCUACAAACACCGACAAGCCUUGGAGAGUGAGCAUGUAUCAGCCAAUCUGCAUCACUGGAUCGAUCUCAUCUUUGGCUACAGACAGAAAGGACCUGCAGCAAUAGAGGCUCUCAAUGUCUUCUACUACUGCACCUAUGAAGGAGCAGUAGACCUGGACGCCAUCAAGGAUCCCUUGGAGAGGGAAGCUGUAGAAGGCAUGAUCAACAACUUUGGCCAGACGCCUUGCCAACUCCUGAAGGAGCCUCACCCAAAGAGACUGAGCAUAGACGAGAUCAGCAAGAAGGCUUCCAAGAACCAGACCCAGCUCCUGAACGUCUUCGAUCACUUAAAUGAGUUGAAGGCCUUCUUUGUGGAGGUGUCUACAUCAGACAGCGACCCCUUGGUCUAUGUGAAUGUCCCCCGCAGCCAGCCCAAGUCAUUCAUCUACCAAGGAAUGCCUGACGCCAUGGUGACUGUAACAGAGAAAGGCACACUGGGAUCACACGGCUGGCUACCAUACGACAAGUCCAUCUCCAACUACUUCACGUUCGAGAGGGAUUCCUCGCUUAUCAAUGCAAAAAUCAGAAAGUCCGUAAGCGGGCCUUUCGCCCCCGGCCUGAAAGUCACCCCGUCCCUGUUUGUCACAACCCACGAUGCCAAGCUGUUGUUGACCGGAGGCCACUGGGACAACAGCCUGCGCGUCUUCAACGUCGCCAAGGGCAAGCUCCUAGCCCACGUGGUCAGGCACACGGACAUCGUGACGUGCUUGGCACUGGAUAACUGCGGCAUGCAGUUGAUGACGGGGUCUCGGGACACCACGUGUAUGAUCUGGGAGAUUGCAUACCAGGGAGGUGUUGCGUGUGGUGUGGGUAGCCAGCCAGUACAGACAUUAUAUGGUCAUGAUGACGAAGUAUGCUGUGUAGCUAUCAGCACAGAACUUGACAUGGCCGUGUCAGCAUCAAAGGAUAGUACAGUCAUCAUCCACACCAUUAUGAAGGGUCACUACGUCAGGACAUUACGCCCCCCUGUCUUAGACCCCCAAGCACCCAUCACUAUCCCAUGUCUUGCCUUAUCCGACGAGGGUCACGUAGCGGCCGUGUGUACACCCCAGUACAGCAAGAAGACCAGCCAGGAUCUCUGUUCUGUCCACGUCUAUUCCAUUAACGGCAAGCAUAUCUGUGAUACUACCCUAUCCAGCAAGAUCAUACAUAUUGAUAUCACUGAAGAGUUUCUGCUCACUGCUGACGAUAAGGGCACGUUGACCAUCAGGAGACUCUUUGGCCUUGAGGUAUGUACCACCAUGCCGCUGUACGUACCAAUCCACUGCGUCAGCGUAGUACCAACCAAGAGCCAGAUACUAGUGGGUCUACGGGACGGCAAGCUCAUCAUUGUGGCGGUGGACCGGCCGGCGGAGGCCAGGAAACUCCCGCUGCUGGGGCGAUGAUCAGCAAAAAGUGCCAGGGAUGCCAACUGAAUGGAUUCAAUGCAAUGCGCUCACACGCUUGAGGGCGCUCUUGCAACUCACCGUCUUCCAUCAAUAUCAGAAUACCCUAUGCUUUUUAUAGCUCUGGAUUUGGGUAAAAAAACCUACGGCAAAGGUCAUCAUAAGAAUAUAUUAAAUGUUUCUGUGCAUAUAUCGCAUUUUUUCUUUCUUUCAUGAUUUAAACAUACCGUACCAGAAACUUAAUUUUGACUAAUUAUGGAAAAAAAAUAUGACGGGAUCUUUCAAAAUUUCAUAUGCUUAGAGAACUAAAAAAGAAGUGUAAAAUGUAUGGACCAUCAAACUCAAAUGCAUAAAGGUCAGAAAUCUUUUGGCAUGAUUUCCAAAAAUACCCUAAAUUUAUUUUGUGAUGGGCAUUUCUGCAUCUUCUUUUGAGCUUGAUUUUAGUUAACUUGAUACACUCAACCAAAAAAAAAGGAAAUCCCCCUAAUACUUUUUUGUCCAACUCA